AUGAAACGCAAAACCCCCGAGGAAAAGGAACAUUUGCAUCAGAUCAGGGAGACAGGCACGGACUCCGAUGCCAAACCCAGUGCCACCUGGCAGGCGGCCUUGCUCCUUGGAUCUGCCAUGGUUGCCCGUGGUGAGAUCGGCUUGCUGAUCAUUGAAAUCGGCUACAAUGAGUCGGGCUACGUCAGCAAGGAAGGCUUUAUCACGGGAGUGUGGGCAAUCCUGCUCAAUACGAUCAUUGGACCGGUCGUGGUGGGAAUUCUGGUGAAGCUGUACGGGAAACAGAUUGGUGAGGGCGUAUGGGGUAUACAACCGUCGGAUAUCAACCGCAGUCAACGGCCGGAGGUACAGUCGCAUGCACGAUCAUGA